ACUAGAGAGCUCUCUCUAUUAUGCACACACUUCCCAUUUUCCAUUCAUUUUUCAUUUGAUUUUCCCCUCUCUCAAUUCAUCUCUCUCUCUCUCUGCUGCUACUUUCUCUCUCUAGAACUCUCUCUCCCUUGAGCCUUUGUUGCUUUCGCUCGCCUUUGCGUGUUUGCGCCGUAGAAGCUGAAGGUUUGUGAGUAGGGGCUGAGUCGUAAUUUCGCUUAUUCUCGCUGCUGAGUUUCUAUCGGGGUUGUCCGAAGCCAUCGAAAAAGCAAAGUCAAGCCAAAUCCAUCCUGAUCGAGGAGUUUGGAUACAGAGGUUGAGCUUUGAAAUGCCGAUGCAGAAGGUAUAGAAUAAUUUCUCAAGGUCCUGUGCUGUGGUUACUUUCUCGAUUGAAAACAAGAAAAUGUUGGAGGCUCCAAAAUUCACUGGAAUCAUAGACCUAAACAGUAGCCAUGACAAUUUCGACUUCUCUCAAAACUUUUACCGCAAACUCAACGAGGGGUCAAACAUGUCCGUCGAUAGUUACGGGAGCUUGCAGAUGAGCAAUGGUGGAGGCUCUGUUGCCAUGUCGUUGGACAACAGCAGUGUCGGAUCGAAUGACUCACACACUCGCAUCUUAGGGCACCAAGGCCUCAAGCGCGUGAAAAACUAUUCUGUAGCUGCUAGUGUCAAUCAUGGCAGAGUGGCUCAGGGGCUGAGUGAUGAUGCCCUUGCUCAAGCUUUGAUGGACCCUCGAUAUCCGACGGAGGGACUUGGUAAUUAUGAUGAGUGGACCAUUGACCUGAGGAAGCUUAACAUGGGCCCCGCUUUUGCUCAGGGAGCUUUCGGUAAACUCUACAAAGGCACGUACAACGGUGAAGAUGUUGCUAUUAAGCUUUUGGAGAAGCCGGAGAAUGAUGCAGAGAGGGCACAGUUAAUGGAGCAGCAGUUCCAACAAGAGGUGAUGAUGCUGGCAAGGCUGAGGCAUCCGAAUAUUGUUCGAUUUAUUGGGGCGUGCCGUAAACCUAUGGUGUGGUGUAUUGUCACUGAGUAUGCGAAGGGGGGUUCGGUGCGUCAGUUCUUGACAAAGAGGCAGAACCGCUCUGUGCCCUUGAAAUUGGCUGUUAAGCAGGCGUUGGAUGUUGCGAGGGGAAUGGAGUAUGUGCAUGGGUUGAAUUUGAUUCACCGAGAUCUGAAGUCGGAUAAUCUUUUAAUUUCGGCAGAUAAGUCCAUUAAAAUUGCGGAUUUCGGUGUGGCUCGUAUUGAAGUGCAGACUGAAGGUAUGACGCCUGAGACAGGCACGUACCGUUGGAUGGCCCCGGAAAUGAUCCAGCACAGGCCUUACACGCAAAAAGUUGAUGUAUACAGCUUCGGGAUUGUGCUGUGGGAACUGAUCACAGGUAUGCUCCCUUUCCAGAACAUGACUGCCGUUCAGGCAGCAUUUGCUGUAGUGAACAAAGGUGUUCGGCCAACAAUCCCGAACGACUGCCUCCCUGUCCUAGGCCAGAUCAUGACACUUUGCUGGGACGGCAAUCCAGAUGUCAGGCCCUCAUUCACCGAGGUUGUAAGAAUGCUCGAGGCUGCUGAGAAUGAGAUCUUGACAACUGUCAGGAAAGCUCGCUUCAGGUGCUGCAUCAGUCAACCCAUGACUACAGAUUGAUCGAUUGAUGGCAUAUAAGAAAUUAGAGUAAGGAAUUUCGAGAAAAAAGAAAAGAACAAAAAAAGGAGUAACUGAUUUUGGCUUCAGCAGUGUUGUGUAUGUAUCUAUCAGGCUUAAUUUCUUUCUUCAGAUAGCAAAGAAAAAAAAAGAAGGGAGGAGAAAGUUUAUGGUAACUGCUUGUUUCGUGUUUUUUUUUUCUUUUUCGGGGGGAAAAAAUUGUGGAUUAAUUGAAGAUGAUGGAAUAGUGGUAGUAGAGGAGAUUUGAUGUGUAUUUAUGUAUCUCUUGUGUUAAAUUUAAAGUGAAACCCUCUUUUAGUUCUAUCUAUGUUGUUGAUCAACUAUAUAUAUAUAGCUUCAGGACAUUGCCGUUCUUGUAAGCUUUAAUUA